CUAAAAGCGGCUGCCUGUACAGUAAGAACCCAAUAUGGCAGCGGCGGUAGCAGUGGCAAAGGCAGCAGAAGGACCGGCCGCCCCAUAGACCCCCCCCCUCCCGCGCGCGCACUUCCCCCGCCGCUUCCUCUGCUAGGGUGCUUCUCCGGCCUGACUUCCCCUUUCUCCCACCUUUCCCGGCACCGCGGGAAAAGCAGCGCAGGGCAGAGCAGUCAGGGAGUGCGGCUGGAGCCGGGACAAGGGAGCCUCCCAGUCCGUUCAAGACCCGACAUGAGGGAAAAGGGCCGUAGGAAGAAGGGCAGGACCUGGGCGGAGGCCGCCAAGACGGUCUUAGAAAAAUACCCUAAUACACCCAUGAGUCAUAAAGAAAUUCUUCAAGUUAUCCAGAGAGAAGGACUAAAAGAAAUCAGAAGUGGGACUUCCCCUCUUGCUUGCCUGAAUGCAAUGCUACAUACAAACUCGCGAGGUGAAGAAGGCAUCUUUUAUAAAGUUCCAGGUAGAAUGGGAGUGUAUACUUUGAAGAAAGAUGUUCCGGAUGGGGUGAAAGAGCUAUCAGAAGGUUCAGAAGAAAGCACUGAUGGUCAGUCAGAUUCCCAGAGUUCUGAGAACAGCAGCAGCAGCAGUGAUGGUGGCAGCAACAAAGAGGGAAAAAAGAGCAGGUGGAAAAGGAAAGUAUCCAGACUAUCCCAGCCAUCUUCCCCUCAGUCAGGCUGUCCGUCACCCACCAUUCCAGGAGGUAAAGUCAUUUCUCCAUCACAGAAGCACAGCAAGAAGGCACUGAAGCAGGCUCUGAAGCAGCAGCAGCAGAAGAAGCAACAGCAACAAUGCAGGCCAGGCUUGUCAGUCUCCUCCAACCAGCACCUCUCUCUCAAGACUGUCAGAGCAGCUGGUGACUCCAUAUCUCCCAAACCUGUAAUAUGGGAAGGAAGGCAAUCUGAUGGACAGUCAAGCAGCCCCCAGAACUCACACUCCAGCUUUUCUUCUUCAGUUAAAGUGGAAAAUCCAUUGAUAAGCUUGGGGAAGAAGUCUUUCCAGAGGUCUGACAGACUCCACACAAGGCAAAUGAAAAGGACUAAAUGUGCUGACAUUGAUGUUGAAACCCCAGACUCCAUUCUUGUUAACACAAAUUUGCGAGCACUGAUAAACAAACACACCUUUUCAGUCCUUCCUGGGGAUUGCCAACAGCGACUGCUUUUACUGCUUCCAGAGGUGGAUCGACAGGUUGGUCCAGAUGGUUUGAUGAAGUUGAAUGGCUCAGCCCUUAACAAUGAGUUUUUCACCUCUGCAGCCCAAGGCUGGAAGGAAAGACUGUCAGAAGGUGAAUUUACACCUGAGAUGCAGGUGAGAAUUCGACAAGAGAUUGAGAAGGAGAAAAAAGUGGAGCCAUGGAAAGAACAAUUCUUUGAAAGCUACUAUGGUCAGAGUUCUGGAUUGAGCCUUGAAGAUUCAAAGAAAUUGACGUCUUCCCCCAGUGAUCCCAAAGUAAAGAAAACCCCAGCUGAGCAACCAAAAUCCAUGCUUCCUUCAGAGGGCUCACCUGUCAGAACAGUCCCAGUUGUUCCCCAAUCAGAAUGUAAAGAAGAAGCAGUGCAGAUGCCAUCACCAGUCAGAAAAGAAAAGCAUGAAAGACAAGAAGAGGCACAGCCAGACAUCCAAGCUUCAGAGCCGCUCCUUGCCUCAGCCAGCAAUACAGAUGAGCUAAGCAUUCUUCCCAUCAAGUGCCCAAAGGCUGAAGAUCUCUUGGAGCAGAAGCCAGUUGCCCUUACUGAACAGGAGUCUGAGAAAGAGAAUCAUAUCGCCAAAGCCUCUAAUUAUAACAGAAGUGAAAGCCAAGAAGUUUUAGUUACAUGCCCAAGUAAACCCAAGAGUCCUGGGGUGGAAAAAGCAAUAAUGAAGCCCAAAGUAGAAGCAGGCCCACAGGAGAUCAGUGUGAAGGAACCUCCGGCACCUCUUGGUGAGCAAAGCUCAGAAAGCCUCAAGAGAAAAUCUUCCUUCACUCAGGAAGAGGCCCCUGCAAGCUGGGAGAAAAGGCCACGUGUCACUGAGGAUCGCCAGCACCAGCAGCCAUUUCAGGUCUCGCCACAGCCCUUUCUUAAUAGAGGGGACCGAGUCCAGGUGCGAAAAGUACCACCUCUCAAGAUCCCGGUCUCCAGAAUCUCCCCCAUGCCGUUUCCUACAUCGCAGGUCUCUCCCAGGGCUCGUUUUCCAGUCUCCAUCACUAGUCCUAGCAGAACAGGAGCCAGGACUCUUGCAGACAUCAAAGCAAAAGCGCAGCUGGUCAAAGCACAGAGAGCCGCAGCCGCCGCUGCUGCCGCAGCCGCUGCAGCCACCUCUGUUGGAGGGACCAUUCCUGGACCAGGCCCUGGGGGUGGACAAGGUCCUGGAGAGGGUGGUGAAAGGAAAACCGCUGGAGGAGGAAGUCCAGGCUCAGACAGAGUCAGUGCAACUGGAAAGGUCCCUACAUUGGAACUGGCAGGAGCUGGAAGCAGGGGAGGUCCGAGAGAGCUUUUACCCUGCUGUCCAAACACUCACCCCCAAUCUGAGAUCAAGACCUCAGGCCAGACACAGCCUCAUAGUGUCUCUGGAGCACAACUACAGCAAGCCCCCUCAGUGCCUCCAGCACCUACCUUCAGUGGAACAUGCACAAACGCCACAUCACCAGCCCAUGUAGAGAAAUUGAGUCGUGAGAACCUGGACCCCACCAGAGCAGCCACAGUGACCUCCCCUAGCCACCCACAAAGGCUCGGUGGUUGUGGGCAGGAGAGAGCUCCUUCUCCAAAAGGGCCUGCUGUGAUCUCAGGAGCUUCCCCUGUUUGUUUUGUAGCUGAUGGCACAGUUGAACCCAAAGCAUUUUCUAGUAAGAAUAUACCAACCCCUUCAGCCUCAACAAAGACAACUGCUAAUUCUUCAGUGGAUAUGACUCCCUCCCCUUUGACGUCUUUAUUGACAACAGCUAUUUUAGAAAAGCUUCCUGUACCCCAGGCCAGUGUAACUGUAGCAUCUACUGGAUCAGCUCCAUACUCAGCAGCUUCUAGCCUUAAAACCCCAGGAACUUCUGCAAAUAUGAAUGGACCCAUUUCAAGAUCAAGCUCUAGUAUUCCUGCUAAUAAUCCUUUAGUUACUCAGCUUCUUCAGGGCAAAGAUGUUCCCAUGGAGCAAAUUCUGCCUAAGCCUCUCACCAAAGUUGAAAUGAAAACUGUUCCACUGACUACAAAAGAGGAAAAGGGAGUAGAGCCACUCACAGGUCCCACCGGCACAGAAAAUAACAACAGAGAAGAAGUUAAUGAUAGACAGUCUCAUCCAAUGGUUAUCCAACAGCUAGGGAAGACCUUGCAAAGUAAACAGCUCCCCCAGGUUCAAAGGCCCCUGCCGCUUUUUUCAACUAAGGAUCUGAGGGACCCUAGCAUUGAUACACACCAAUACCAAGAAGGACUAAGUAAAGCAACCCAAGAUCAGAUCCUUCAGACUCUGAUCCAGAGGGUUCAGAGGCAGAAUGUUCUCUCAUUUGUGCCUCCCUCUCAGUUUAACUUUGCUCACUCAGGUUUCCAGUUAGAGAACAUCUCCACAAGCCAGAGGUUCAUGCUGGGUUUUGCUGGCAGAAGGACAUCCAGACCUGCCAUGUCAGGUCACUACUUACUUAAUAUUUCCACCUAUGGCCGAGGUUCAGAGAGCUGUAGGAGGAGCCAUUCUGUAAACUCCGAAGAUCGUGUUUGUCUAAGUAGCCCCACUGAAGCCUUGAGAAUGGGAUAUACAGAUUGUAGAAACCCAACAGGCGAUAGUAGCAGUAGCAAAGAUGAUGAAACUGAUGAAGAGAGCACUGGUGAUGACCAGGACUCUAUGUUGGUGAAGGAAGAGCCUCAAACCUCCCAGAGCUCUGGCAAGCAUGAUGCAAGUUCAGGACCCCAAAAUAGACAGACCCCAGCCACCAGUGAUUGUUUAGCUAACAAAACUAUGAAGGCUGAGACACCAGUGAAUGAGCACACCACUCUAAGCAAGGAGAAUUACCUGUUCCCUAGAGGCCAAACAUUUGAUGAAAAGACCUUAGCCAGAGAUUUUAUUCAGGCAGCACAGAAACAGAUGGCUCAGGCCGUUAGAGGUAAGGUGAUGUGCAGCAGCCCUGAGCUGUUCAAUUCUACUCUUUCUCUGCCUGCAGACAGUCCCACCCAUCAGCCUCUACUCCUUCCACCCCUGCAAACUCCAAAGUUGUAUGGAAGCCCCACACAGAUAGGGCCAAGCUACAGAGGCAUGAUCAAUGUCUCCACCUCAUCAGAAGUGGACCAUAACUCUGCGAUACCAGGUAGCCAGGUGUCUAGCAAUGUAGGUGAUGUCAUGUCCUUCUCAGUGACUGUCACGACCAUCCCUGCUAGCCAAGCUAUGAAUCCCAGCAGCCAUGGCCAGACAAUUCCUGUUCAGGCCUUCCCUGAAGAGAACAGCAUAGAAGACACACCUUCAAAAUGUUACUGCAGGUUGAAAGCCAUGAUCAUGUGCAAAGGUUGUGGAGCUUUCUGCCAUGAUGAUUGCAUUGGUCCCUCCAAACUGUGCGUCUCCUGCCUUGUUGUUCGGUAAUGAGUUCUGUAAGACACACUAAAGGGAAUGGGAAAGAUAGAGUUAACAAGAUGUGUUUUCUGCAUCAUUUUGGAAUCACAGAAAUAGGGAUUUGGUUGUCUUAAGAGACAAAUGUUAAAUCAGGAAUACAGAAUUCAGGUCUUCUACAUUUUAGAGGAAGCGCACCUUGUAUAGUAAGUCUAAGUCAAGCAAGACUUUGUGAAUUUGUGACAAGUUUGCACUUAAAAAAUCAUGUAAAUAUGUCACAUUUUGUUUAACAUUUUUCCAGUGUUUAGAUAAUGAUGUAUUCUUUAAAUUCUGGUGUAUGUUCCAUUUCAUGUGAUACUGAGAAAAGCUGAAUGCCAUGUGUGGUGAAAGGAAGCUGUCUCCCUUUUUACCUUUCUUGAAACUUAGGGAAAGGAAGGAAUGGUCUCUAAAGAAUUAACCAUUCAUGCUGUUGAUGUCUUCACAGUCCGGCUGUAGGUUACUCAUAGAUUAUUUGGCCUUUGCAAGAUUUGGAUUCAGGAUUUGCUCAAUUGCUUUACCUUAGCUGGAACCUUCUUGAGUGGAAAGUUUUCACAAGUUAUUAAUGGAACAGUCAGUGUUUUUUUCUGGCCCAGAAAGCCCUGACUUGGUUCUUGGCUUUCAGAAACCAGCACCAUCAUCUUGCAAAGCCCUGCUACUCCCUAAUCCCACUCUGUAGUUUGAAACAAUAAAUGUGGUCUAUGAAGGGGGUACCUUCUAGGGCUCCACAGUGUGACUGUUCUGUGCAUGAAGACAGUACAGUACUACCCCUGCACUUUGUCAUUCAUGGGAGUACACAGAUG